AUGGUGAAGAAGAAAGUCCCUGAUUGGCUCAACAGCUCCCUCUGGUCCUCCUCCUCUCCUCCUGAACAUCCACAACCACUGACACCAACACCGCCUUCCAACGACGCCUCCGAUGAGGACAAGAACUAUCGCAUCCACCGCUCUGCUAUCACCUCCUCCACCGCCAAAUCCAAAUCCAAAUCCAUCGCAAGUUCUACUGUUGCGGAAUCACCGGUUGAACCGCCUGUGCCGGUGCCGCCACCGGCUGUUGUGAGAGCUUCGCAGUCUAAUUCUGUUGGGGAAAUCAGGGAUCCGUUGAGUAGUGGGAACAGUAAUAGUAAUGACCAUGAGGAUUAUGGGAGUUCUACUGCUAUCAAGAGUUCUUCUUCUUUGGCUGAGGAUAUUUCGCGCCAGGCUCACUUCUUACAAGAGCUUUCGAAGAAAGUAAUAAAUAUGGGUGAAUUGAGGAGACUGGCGUCACAAGGAAUACCCGAUGGUGAUGGAAUUCGUUCUACGGUUUGGAAGUUAUUAUUGGGGUAUUUGCCAAGGGAUCGAGCGGUCUGGGCAUUAGAACUUGGUAAGAAGAGGUCUCAGUACAAGCAUUUUAAAGAGGACCUACUGAUGAAUCCUUCAGAAAUCGCACGCAGAUUGGAAAAGUCCACAAGUCUUGAAAAUGAUGGAUCUAAUGGUGAAAACAAGGGCUUACUCUCACGAUCAGAAAUACCUCAAGGAGAGCAUCCUUUGAGCCUUGGGACAACCAGCAUCUGGAAUCAAUUCUUUCAGGACACAGAGAUCAUGGAGCAAAUUGAUCGAGAUGUGAAGCGCACACAUCCAGACAUGCACUUCUUUUCUGGGGACUCUCCACUUGCAAACUCCAAUCAGGACACAGAGAUCAUGGAGCAAAUUGAUCGAGAUGUGAAGCGCACACAUCCAGACAUGCACUUCUUUUCUGGGGACUCUCCACUUGCAAACUCCAAUCAGGAGGCUCUGAAGAACAUAUUGAUUAUAUUUGCAAAAUUGAAUCCGGGUAUAAGAUAUGUUCAAGGGAUGAAUGAAAUACUGGCGCCCUUAUUUUAUGUAUUCAGAAAUGAUUCGAAUGAGGAAAAUGCGGCCUUUGCGGAAGCAGACACAUUCUUUUGUUUUGUUGAGUUAUUGAGUGGAUUCCGUGAUAAUUUCUGUCAGCAACUUGACAAUAGUGUUGUGGGAAUUCGUUCCACAAUUACAAGGCUGUCACAGCUUCUAAAGGAGCAUGAUGAAGAGCUUUGGCGUCAUCUCGAGGUCACAACCAAAGUCAAUCCCCAGUUUUAUGCAUUUAGAUGGAUAACCCUCCUCUUGACCCAAGAAUUCAAUUUUGCGGACAGUGUUCUCAUUUGGGAUACACUCCUAAGCGACCCUGAAGGUCCUCAAGUAAGUUGAUAUCUCCCUCUGUGUGUGUGUGUUUGUGCACGCACGCCCGAGACGAAUCCGCUACUAUAUUUCCUAUUGUGAUUACAAGAGUAUAGCCGUUCUGUUUAUGAGAAGAGAAAGGCUCCCAGCUUGUCCUGUAGGUGAUAAGAGUAGGAGGGGAAUGCAGUAAAGACUAGAUUUGUGAUAGUAUUACCCAGCUAUUGGAGCUGCUUUUGAGAAUAGGGAUUUAAACAUUUAACGAGCAAGUUUCAUAUCAAUGGUUGAACCAAGGAUCAAAAUUUCAUUACAGUGCAUUUUUUUGGUCACCCUAGAAAUAGAAACGCUUUGGAAACAGAAUAAAAAUAGAUAAAAAAUUGAAGAAUUUGUUUCAAAAAGGUUCCGGAACGUUGGUUGAUAUAUGCUGAAAAAUCUCGAAAUAUCUCGAAAUAUUCAUUUCAGUCUUUUUGAAAAGAUUCUAGAAACACGUUGAAGUAUUAGAAUUUUGAUCCAUGAUUGAUUCAUUUCAGUCUUCUUGAAAACAAAAAUGUUUUGAUUGCUUCGAAAUGAAAUUUGGAUCCAUGGGCUGAAGAAUGGCAUAAAACUGAAAUUGAUAUAGACAAUAAAAUUACAGAAAUAUGUCUGUAACUGCUGUUGUAAAGAGGUAAUUGACCAUGCGCGAUCCAUAAUGAAGAGAGACAUCAUGAGACAUAAGUUGAGUGCGCACAUUAUCAUGUUCUUGUAGAAUGACUAAUGGAGGCUGAAAUCGGUUAUAUAUUCCGGACAUGUACAUGGUGUUCAUUUCACUAUUUUUGGCUUUUAAUUUCUGCAUUGGUUGGUACACAUAGUAAAUGCAAUCUUUUAUACGCUUCUUCUCUUUGGCAUCCUCUAUCCUAUUGGCUUAUGUUGCAUCCUAUUUAUGGAGGAAUAGAAAUAGUAGUGUGCCCUUUUGUUUUUUUU